GCCAUCGCCAGCAUCACUACCAUCGCUAUCAACACCGCAUGGUCACUCUGUGAUGGCCAAAAAAGCCAAAUCGCGCACCAUCGCCGUGCGCCUGAUAUCCAUGGCCAUGACGGGGUACUACAAGACCUUCACACGUCCCCGAACGCAUCGCCCACUGUCCAUGCUCAAAUACGACCCUGUCGUGAAAAAGAAGGUCUUGUUUCUCGAAGCGAAGCGCGGCGGAAAAUAAAGCUGCCUGACACCAACACGACAUUAUGCAUCACUCCUCGCCCACCGUACAGCAUCCGCAUUGAGCUAGCCAUCUGAGGGGCACAGAAGCGUUCGGACUCAUUAGAAGAGAGCCGACCGGCACUGGAAGCAUAAGCAGUGAUAAGGAGACAUGCUGUGUGGAUAGGACGAUCACAUGAAGUGCUUCAUGUGCGCAAAGAGACGAGGCAUGCAUGAAGAUACGCAAAGGAACAGCAGUCUCGUGUGGCUAUCUGCUUCGCCCGUCCAGUAUCGCGCCGCCCAUAUCUGGAGAGUCGAGGGCAACAGCAAUUCGGCCCCCAAUGCCCUGUUGCAUGACAGGGGCAAGCACCAACACUUGUACGCUACAUCGUGCACUUUAGACACUGUAACGCCGCAGCCAAAGCUAGGGCAAUCUUGGAGGAUGCAGAACAUUCCACAGCAUUCAUUUCAGCUCACGUGCAAAGCGUGCACUCAUCCGCUGACCUAGGUACCCAUCAGCGACCAAAUAAGCAUAACCUCUACGGAA